UCCCUGACAGCCCUUAGAUCGAAAGCACGGAGACUGCGACCGUGAAAAGACAGAAGAAAUCGUUCAAUUAAUGAUAACUAAAAAAGAAACAGCCGCGAUUAAGACAGAAACUUAAAUUCAUUAUGUGGACUUGAAGACGGAGAUCUGUGCACUCUGAAGUAACACUCAUGAUGAGGGAGAGGAUUUCCUGUACUUAGUAUUAUCUGGCUCUAGUAUACAGGCGUGGCUUGUCGAGAACAGAGGCUGUUGGAGAUCUCGUGAGAAGUGUCGACCGAAAACCAAGCAGAAAUAUGUGAGUAGCUUGGAUUAGAGCGGCCGAGGAGGUCUCCGUCCAGGAUGGCGUCUGCGCCCCGCCUCGCGCUCGGGUUCCUUCCUCUCGCUGCUCGGGGUGUGCGUUGAGGGGAACUGCCCGACGUUCUUUAAUUCCAAGGACUGGAACUUCAGGUGUGGGCCAUCUUGUCUCCGGCCGAGCGGCUCUGGGAAGGACGCACACGCCCUUCGGCCCUGAGUACUACAACGCGAGCUCAGACAUCUGCCUCUCGGCUCUCCAUGCUGGCGUCAUGGAUCUGAGAGGCGGUCUCGUGCAGUUCCGAAAAGUAGGCGUGUCGCCCAUCAACGGAACCAUCAUCAACCGCGUCGUCUCACAGUCCGGGGAACCGGCUGUUGCCUACACGUUCAUAAGGGAGAAUCUACCUUUGCACAUCCCCAGCGAAUACGAUUUAACAGAGAAGGUCCUUGUUCACAACUCGUACUUUGAAAACAACCUUCACUUGAGUUGUGUAGCCGAGAGGCCAAACGUCGUUCUUGAUAAAGGGAAUAUUGCCAGACUGCAGUAUGAAGGAUAUAAAGGCAAAGCAGAUGUGUUCCGUAAGCUCGUAUACAGGAGGUGGCCAGUGUAUUUUCCCUUUUGUACAUGAUAGGAAGCCACAUUGGAACUGCAUUAAGGGCAGAGCUGGAGACUGGUGUGAUAUAACCGGUGGCUGGGAUUACUGCACAGACUUUAAAGGGCCGUGGCGCGUUCAUUGGGCUAAUUCAAAGUCCUCAAAUCUACACGUGUUCCCGGGGUUUUUGGGAUC